AUGGCGACUUUGAGCUUCAGCCGGCGUGGCUGGUACCUCGCUCAGAGCACUGGGUGCCUACCAAGGUCAACCAAAGACUGUUGUACAAUGGUACACUGUUGCCUGGAUCUCAUCCAGGAGGUGGAUUCCCUGAACUUGCUGCUCAACGAGUCCUUGCGCACGGAUGACGCGAGGCUUUCAAAGAAGGCCUUGGAACUCGCAGACAGCCAAGACGUGGAGAAGAACGGCCGCACCUACAGCCUUCUUGUCCGCGCGGCUGGGGGCGACACGGAGGAGAUCCGCCGCCUUCUUGAGCAGAUGGGCUCCAUGGACCACCUGGUGGCGCAAGCUGUGCUCGACACCUGCUCCAAGACAGGGGACGUUGGCUUGGCAGAAACCCUCGCCAAGCGCUUGAACCCGGCGGAAGCAAACCAGGCUCCUUCGUUCAUGUCUCUGAUCCGCUUCUACACGGAGGUGGGCGAGCCUGCCAAAGCCUGCGACGUCUAUGCCGGCCUGACACAGAAGGGUGCAAAUGGACAGACGCAGCGGCCAACCAUCGAUGCCCGCACAAAGCACUGCCUCAUCGCGGCUGCCCAAAGUUGUGAGCGCCAGGACCUCCUCGAGGAUCUGAUUGAGGUGGAUGCAGCACAAGGCGGCGCACUUCUUCGGUCGGGAGGCAAGAACGGCGGAAUCGAUGGCGUCCUCAGUAUGCUAGAGGGCCCGACGAAGCUUCCCUCAACGGCCUGGAACAUUGCCUUGGACACCUGCGUGGAAAACGGGGAACUGGACAAGGCCAAGCACCUCGCGAAGAAGAUGAAGGAAGCGGGCGUCAUUGACGUCGUGUCCUACAACACCCUGCUGAAGGCUUACGUGCGCCACAGCCUCUUCGACCAAGCAUGCUCCCUCCUCUUGACCAUGCGUCAGGACUCGGCGCACAUGCCGAAUGCUGUGACCUACCACGAGCUCAUCAGCGGCCUGCUGAAGGCCAACAAGGAGAUACACAGGACCCGUGCCUGGGAGUUGGUUGCGGAGAUGCAGGCGGACCAGGUGGUGCCAAACAAGCUGCUGAUCGCCAACCUGCUGCGCAGUUUAAGGCCGAAGUCCUACGCCAAUGAAAUCAACCGGGCGAUGCAGCUGGUGGAUGCGGUGCAGCAUCAGGUGGAUGAGGGCCUCCUAUGCACCACGCUCGAAGCUGGCGUGCGAGUCGGCAAGGUCCCGGUGGUGCAGAAGAAGCUCAAGACCUUCCACGGAGAAGGGGCCCCCUUCCCCGUGAAGGUGACUGGGGCCCACAGCUUCGGCUCCCUCAUCAAGGCCUACGGCUUCGUCAAGGAUGUGGCGGGCGCCUGGGCAUGCUGGCGUGAGAUGUCCAUGCAGCACAUCCAGCCAACGAACAUCACCCUUGGCUGUAUGGUGGAGGCAGUGGCGAGCAAUGGCGAUGUCGACGGAGCGCACGAGCUUGUCCAAAGGCUGCUGGAAUCUCCAGAGACAAAGUCGCAGGUCAACGCCGUCAUCUACGGGUCGAUCCUGAAAGGCUUCAGCCGCAAGAAGCGCAUGGACCGGGUGUGGCAUGCAUUCAACGAGAUGCAAGUCCACGGGAUCACCCCGACCCUCAUGAGCUUCAACGCCAUUCUCGAUGGCUGCGUCCGCAACGACGAGGUCGACAAGAUCGACGGACUGCUCGAGACCAUGCGGAAGUACGGUUUCACGCCGAACCUGAUCACAUACAGCACCCUCAUCAAGGGCUACUGUGCUGCCGGUGACAUGCAGAGCGCCUUCGAGGUCUUCCGUCAGCUUCGCAGUGGCUCCGAGGCACCUGACGAAGUGGUGUACAACACGCUCCUCGACGGCUGCUUGCAAGCCGGCCUGGCUGAUGAAGGUGAACACCUCAUCCAGACCAUGAUGGAUUCAGGGCUGGCCCCGAGCAUCUACACCCUGAGCACGCUGGUGAAGAUUCUGGCGGGCGCGAAGAGGCUCGACCGCGCUUUCAAGAUUUGUGAGAACGCCUCGUCGCGCUUCCGCUUCCGCUUGGGUGCACAGCUGCAGACGGCCCUGCUGCAGGCCUGCAUUACCUGCAAGGCCUACGACCGCGGCGCCCGCUUCUACCUCAAGACUCACAAGGAUCGCUUGUCGGCAGACAAGAAGAUCUGCCAAUCGCUGAUCCGCGGCUGCGUCCACACCGGGAAGGCUGAGUUGGCGGCCGACCUACUCAAGGCAAUGCUGGGCAUCAGCGGAACCUCCGAGGCCGCCAGCCAGCAUCGAGCGGCACAGGAUUUCGACCAGGCCCUGUCCACCGAAGUCCUCAAGGCCCUAGCGGAGGCGAAAG